AUGAACCAAACGAUGAACCACCCCCAAACAUCAAGGCUCGAGCAGCUACCCGCAGAACUCCAAGCCCACAUCUCCCACCACCUCCUCCUCCAACCCGAGCCGCUCAGAAUUCGCACCGAAAGCAAAGCAGAGGGACCCCCGAACAAAGACGAAUGCGCGCCCCACGACGAUGGCGACCCCUCCACCGUCACCACCAUCCCGCCCGCCAUCCCAAGCAUCGCCCAAACCUCCCGCUCACUGCGAAACCAAGCCCUCCCCAUCUACUUCUCUUCAAACACCUUCGUCCUCGAGUCCGAAACCUACCUGUCAGACAUGCCCCACCGCAUUCCCCCCUCCCUCACCCCGUGGCUCGAGCUGUUCGACCGCCACGCCAACGACACCGCCAGGAUCGGUUGCAGCGGAUGGGUGCCGUAUCUCUGCUGCCAGGCCACGCUUUUCGGGUCUAUCCAGAAGACGGACGGGAUCUCUUACUACUGGGACAGCGAGCUGGAGACCUCCGACUGGGGAGCCAGGAGGCUUGAAGCGAUGUCGAGGCUCUCGCUGGCCACGCGAAGCCGCUUCAGCCGGUGGGUGCAGAUGUUGUUCGAGGCGUGCUAUGUAGACUGGAAGGACAAGUUGGACUGGUACAGGGAGAAGUACGAGAGCGGGCUGGACAAUGGGUUCGUUAUAGUGAGGAACGCUGAAAAGUGCCCGCCCCAGUGA